UGAAAUGCUAUCAGUGGAAUUUGAUGGAACUGACUAUCUUUUUAUGGUCGGAGGGUUAGGUCCUACACCAGCUGUCAAACAUCCUCAGUUUCAAUAUGAACAAUCUAAUGAUGGUGCUUAUACUAAUGAGCAGUUACUUUAUAAUCUAUCUAAUGGACAAUUCACUGUUCCAUCAGUCAGUGGACAGUGUUGUCCACCAAGUAGUUUUUUUACAAUCAACAAAAUAAAUGGAAAUAAAGGAAUAAUGCUUGGAGGAGUAGUAACUCAUGAUGGUGAUCCUAUACCUUGUAAUAAUGUGUUCAUAUUUAAUGUGACACAUAGCACAAUACAUUGGGAGAGUAUUAAAAAAGGAUCAAUAUCUGGUGAGGGACUCUGGACCAAGGAGAGAUGUAAUCAUGCUAGUGCUAUUAUCAAUGGUGUCUCUACCUCACCUGCACUAGUAGUGAUUGGUGGAUACGAUAAUAACAAUCAACCAGUCAAUGAAUGUUUAUUAUUUGAUAAUAUCACUACUGGUCAGUUCAGUUGUAAGAAGGUAUGUAAAUAAUGCAUUUAUUAUGUAAUUUAAAAUUU